UCAGACGCGCCAGUGGCUUCAUGGAGUUACGCACCUCUGACGCGCCGCCAUGGAUUGCAAGUCGCGAUCGCUGCUUUUCUUCUCACCUCUUUUGCUGACUCUUGCGCUUCCGGUCUCUACCGUCUUCUACCCCCCGAAUGAAGUCAACCUGUUAGAUUCCAAAGCCAGCCAGGGGGAGUUGGGAUGGAUUUCCUACCCUUCACAUGGGUGGGAGGAGAUCAGUGGGGUGGAUGAGCAUUACACGCCCAUCCGGACUUUCCAGGUGUGCAACGUGAUGGAGUACAGUCAGAACAACUGGCUCCGCACCAACUGGAUCCCCCGUCAGUCGGCCCAGAAGAUCUACGUGGAGCUGAAAUUCACUCUGAGGGACUGCAACUCCAUCCCCUUGGUCCUGGGCACGUGCAAGGAGACCUUCAACCUUCUUUACCAGGAGACCGACGACGACCAAGGCACUCACUUCCGGGAACACCUGUUCACCAAGAUCGACACCAUCGCCGCGGACGAGAGUUUCACCCAGAUGGACCUGGGCGACCGCAUCCUGAAACUGAACACCGAGGUGCGCGAGGUGGGCCCCAUGACCAAGAAGGGCUUCUACCUGGCUUUCCAGGACGUGGGCGCCUGCGUAGCUUUAGUCUCGGUGAGGGUUUACUUCAAAAAGUGCCCGAACACGGUGAAGAACCUCGCCUCCUUUCCUGACACCGUGCCCGUGGACUCUCAGUCGUUGGUGGAAGUCAAAGGUUCCUGUGUCAAUCACUCCAAGGAGGAGGAGCCGCCGCGGAUGUACUGCAGCACGGACGGGGAGUGGCUGGUGCCGAUUGGAAAGUGCCUGUGCAACCCGGGCUAUGAAGAACGAAGCAACACCUGUCAAAUGUGCAGGGCGGGCUUCUACAAAUCCACAGUGGGAAACGCGGAGUGUUCCAAGUGUCCGCCUCACAGCUACGCUCACCACGAGGGAUCCUUGCAUUGCGGCUGUGAGAAGAACUACUUCCGAGCCGAGGGGGACCCGGCCGCCAUGGCCUGCACUCGUCCUCCCUCGGCCCCUCGGAACGUCAUCUCCUCCAUCAACGAGACCUCGGUCAUCCUGGACUGGAGCUGGCCGGAGGACACGGGCGGCCGCAGGGACCUCACCUUCACCGUCCUCUGCAAGCGAUGCCGCGCCGGCACGGCGGACGCCGGCGGGGGCGGUCCGCACUGCGAGCCCUGCAGGGGCAACGUGCGCUUCCUGCCGAGGGCGGCGGGCCUGCAGAACACCACCGUGACGGUGGCGGACCUCCUGGCUCACACCAACUACACCUUCGAGAUCGAGGCGCAGAACGGCGUCUCGCCGCUGGCGCCCAAGAUGAGGCAGUACGCCGCCGUCACCAUCACCACCAAUCAGGCCGCUCCCUCUCCAGUGAUAGUCAUCAAGAAGGAGAAGACAUCACGGAAUAGUGUUUCCUUGUCUUGGCUGGAGCCGGAGAGACCCAACGGUAUCAUCCUGGACUAUGAGAUCAAAUACUAUGAAAAGGUAAGGAGGUAGCGCUUUUUGUACUUGUUUGUUUUGGAAUGAUGGUUUAUUAGUUAUUAGUGGGUUCACAGUGUGGUGCAUAUUUGUAACAGUGUUAAAGUUUUUUAUACAUCUACCCUCAGUGUGACCUGUAUGGCUGUUGACCAAGUAUGCCUUGGUAGAUAUGAUGUGAUUGGGCCGGCACGCAAAGGCAGUGCAUUUAAGGCACGCCCCCAAUAUUGUUGUCCAUCCAUCCAUUUUCUACCGCUUAUUCCCUUCGGGGUCGCGGGGGGCGCUGGAGCCUAUCUCAGCUACAAUUGGGCGGAAGGCGGGGUACACCCUGGACAAGUCGCCACCUCAUCGCAGGCCCAAUAUUGUUGUCCGGGUGGAAAUCGGGAAAAAUUCGGGAGAAUGGUUGCCCCGGGAGAUUUUCAGGAGGGGCACUGGAAUUCAGGAGUCUCCCGGGAAAAUAAGGGAGAGUUGGCAAGUGUGACUGGGGGAUGCAAAUUACAUUUUAAGGCAUUUAUCAUUUUAAAAAAAUAAAAGAUAAAAAAAAUAAAAAAUUACAAAAAAAAUUUCA